AUGACAGGUGAACAGAGCGAAAUCGAACAGUACAUCACUUGUCUCAAAUCACUUACCCAAUAUCGGUUGAAAGUGAUCAUUGCCGGUAACCAUGAUCUGACUCUGGAACCGGCUUUCUACGAGAAAAAUUGGGAACGAUGGCAUCGUGGUCGAAAACAAGAUUGUGAACAUAUCGGACGUCUGAUACGUGAUCCAUCGUUAGCAAUUGAUCAUGGUAUCAUCUAUUUGGAAAACCAACAAUUCGUUGACAACGUCACCGGUCUGAAAUUUUACGGCAGUCCUUAUCAACCUGAAUUUAACAAUUGGGCCUUCAACUUGCCAAUGAAUAGUGCUGAAAUCAAGCAAGUCUGGUCUCGGAUUCCGGCCGAUGUCGACGUUCUUGUCACUCACGGUCCGCCUGCUCACAUUCUCGAUACAAAUUCUGCGGGUGAACAUACUGGCUGUCCUCAGUUGCUUGCGCAUAUUAUUAGUGCCAAGCCCCGCUUGCAUAUCUUCGGUCAUAUUCACGAAGCAUACGGACAGUUAGAGCAUGGUCCGACCAUAUUUGUCAAUGCAUCAAUCUGUAAUCUGAGCUAUCAGCCUGUGCAAGCACCGAUUGUUGUCGAUUUAGAAUUGAAGGCGACAAAAGGCACUACAUGGGUGAUAUAA